AUGGUUUUAUUUUGGAUAUUUUUAACUUGUUUACAAUUUUUUGGAACUGCUCAGGAAUUUUUAAUUGUUAAGACAUCCAAAAUAUUAAGUGAAGUUUUCAUCUGGCAAUACCGAUUUGAAUAUUUCUUCGCAAUUUUCAUAAUCAUUUUUAAUUUUAACAAAACAUCACAAAUUGAGAACUUUCUAAAAUCUCUUAAAAGUUUCGAUGAGAAAUUAGAAGAAUUAGAUUGGAGAAUUAAAAUUGUGCACCAUAAAUCAUUAAAAUUUUUAAUCUGCGUUGUUAUGGCAAGCAUAAUUAUGAUGCUUCAUAUUGCUUUGGCGUAUGCCAUGUACGCUUACUUCGGAAUACCUUCAAUUAACACAGUCGUAGAAGUUCUUAAAAUUUUGUCAGAUUUCAUCGUGUGUCAGUUUUUCUUUUUGGUUUCAUUACAAUUUAUAUCAAGUGUGGCAUGUGUUGUAACUCGAUUAACCAUUUUAACUAACAACAUCAAAGAAUUGUUGCCUUUGAGCGAAGGACAAAUUAAGGAAGUUCAACAUAAUCGAAGAAUUGAAGCAAUUAUCUUAAGAAACAUUGCAAUUCUUUAUGAUAAUCUUUUGGAUGCUGUUGAUCAGAUCAACGAAGUGUUCUCAAAUGAAAUGACUUUCUUGUUCCUUCUGUCAACUGCUGUUGAAGUUUUAGUGAGUUAUUUUAUGAUAAAGCGACAACAUUGA